GUCACUGGGAGCGUCGACACAGACAGAUCCUUUGCUUAAUUUGUUGGCCCUCAUUCCGUCAAUCCCUGCCUUGCCAACGAAACUCGGAGAAGGCAGUGAAUCACUUCAUCACAGACGUCGUUUGACAUGGAGGAGAGAUCAACCACCCAGCAAACAAACCCAGGUGAAGACAAUAGCAGGAAAAAGAUAAAAAAGGUCGCUGUAUCCUACUGGACCUUGAAUGUCACCAUACUGAGGGCAGAAAGCGUUUGCUCCUUAGAUUACUUUUCUGAAUCUGACUGCUAUGUUAUUCUCACUCUUCCUACGGCAACGGCAACAACCUACCGCACAGCAGCAGUGAGGAACAAUAACAACCCAGAGUGGAAUGAAACUUUUACAUUUAGGGUCCCCACAAAAGUAAAAAACAUUUUAGAGUUCAUGCUGUAUGAUGAGGAUACAUGGUCACCAGAUGACCUGAUCUCCACACUUCAGUUUGAUAUAAAAAACCUCACAAUAGGGCAGAAAGAGACCAAGGAAUUUGUCGUACACGCUGAGACAGAGGCCAAACUUCUAAUAACAUUUGAGUUACUUCAGAGUGAGGACCCCCCUUGUGAUUAUUUCACAAAUGACAUCCUUCUGGCGGCUCCGUUCUCUGCACUGGAAGUUGACGUUCAAAAUCUACAAAGGCAUGACUCUUUUAGGAACAAGGUCCUGAAACUAAGGGGUGCCUAUCCGGAGAAUCAUACAUUUAAUGGAAAGGAAACCUGCAAACGUUUCUACAUCAACAGAGACUUGGAGACAGAACUUGGAGUCGCACACUCUGAGGACACUGUACAUCCAAUGGAAACUUCUAUACAUCUCCAGCCACUACAACCUAACCAUAAAGGCAAAGUGUCCCUUGUUAUUGGUCAGGAAGAGAUCGAAUUGCACUUACAUACACAUGACGGCACGGAGGAAACUUUUGGAGUUCGUCUGGACUUUGACAUUCCAUCUCAAGAGAAAGAGUUUCUGAAGAAGAGGAAAGAUGUGGUGGCACAGGCUUUGCAGAACUUUUUAGGCCUUGGCUCUUUACCUCAACCUAACAAGGUACCAACCAUAGCAGUGGUGGCUUCCGGAGGGGGGGCCAGAGCAAUGACGGGCAUGCUGGGUAGUCUGAAAGGUCUGAAAGACACAGGAGUCCUGGAUGCUGUCAGUUACAUCACUGGUGUUUCUGGAUCCACAUGGGCCAUGUCUACUCUGUAUCAGGAAGAUAACUGGUCACAGGAGGACAUAGACAGUAUCAUCUCAGCAUCAAAAGAACAGAUGACCAAGAGUGUCCUGAGUGCCUUCUCUCCUGAGAAACUGCAGUAUUACAGCGAGGAAACCGCUAAGAAAGAGCAAGAGGGUCACCCCGUGUCACUCGUUGACAAUGUGGGCCUGCUGCUUGAGCAUCUUGUCUUUGGGAAGAAAAUCGACAGUACCGUGUCAGAGCAGCAGAGAGCAGUGAAUGAAGGCCAGAACCCUUUACCCAUAUACACCGCGGUCAACAUGAAGGAUGGAAUAAGGGGUUGUGAACAUGCAGCUGAGUGGUGUGAGUUCACUCCCUAUGAGGUAGGCAUCCCGAAGUAUGGGGCGUUUGUCCGAAGUGAGGACUUCGGGAGUCAAUUCUUCCUGGGUCGUAUCAUCAAAAAAAUCCCAGAAGUCCGCAUUCCUUAUCUAUUAGGGAUAUGGAGCAGUAACUUUUCUGUCAGCCUUCGCAAACUUUGGUUGGGUUCUACUGGGACUAGUACAUCUAGCAACACCUCGGACGAACCAGAUGAAGACAAUGGAACUACACCAUCAACUGUGCACACACUAAAUCCCAUCAAAGAUAUGAUCAGGAAUCUGCGUGGGUUCCUCUCAUUCCGUCCAGUCAUCGCUGAAAUGUACAAUUUCAUGUGUGGUCUCUUCCUGCACUGGGACUACAAUACACACAGCAACUUUCUAGCCUGGAAAGACACUCAUCCAGAUGCCUUCCCAAACCAACUGACACCCAGUGACUCCACCCUGCGCCUGGUUGAUUCUGGUUUGGACAUCAAGAUUGGCUGUGUGCCUAUACUGCGGCCAGAGAGAGACGUGGAUGUCAUCAUAUGUCUGAAUUACGCAUGGGACGAAGAUAAUAUCUUCAAGGUCCUACAGGGGACAGCUGCUUACUGUGAAAACCACAACAUCCCCUUUCCAAAUGCUGAUUAUGCCAGUCUGGCCAAGGAGCCUCAGGAGGAGGUCUACAUCAUCGAGGACCAGGAAAAUCCCAAGGCCCCGAUAGUGGUCCAUUUCCCACUCGUCAAUGUCACAUUUAAGGACUUCAAACAACCUGGUGUGAAGCGUGAGACGGAGGAAGAAUUAAAAGCUGGGGAGGUGGAUGUGAGGAGCAACGGAUCUCCUUACACAACCAAGAACAUGACCUACUCAAAAGAGGAUUUUGAGGCUCUGGUGGAGCUGACUGCUUAUAACAUAUCAAACAGCAAGGAGAGAAUCCGUGAAGCCUUAUGCAGGGCCCUGGAGAAGAAGAAUUAAAAGAUGAAAUAUAACAGCCUCUUUCUACAGCAACAACUUCCUUACUUUGGCUGUGAAAAUUCUCAAGACACUAAAUCAAAAGGAAGGGAUUACAUUUUCAGAAGGAGGAAAUGGGAUUUUUUGUUACAGGCUCGGCUGAGAUGUUUGUUUAUUAACUUUUUUUUAGUAUUUCUGUGCGAAAACAGCCAAAUUGCAUUGGGUGCAAAGAAAAUAAGCUAGUAUUCAAAUGGCAAAUAAUUUGCUCUGCUACCAGUUUUUCAGCAACUAAUGACUCUGUAGGAAGGACAUUUCUAUAGUAUUGGAAAAACAUCUUUGGACAUUUUCCGUAAGAGAUCAACAAUUUUGGUUUUAGGAUUAGUUAGAAUUGCAUUGAGAUCUUGAGUGUAUAACUACUUCCAUUCAAAUAUACAGUAUCCUUUGCUUUGGAUGGUUCAAGAGAUCUAAUCACUCUUGUAACUUCUGAUACAAUGACAUUACUUGCUAAAAGCUGGCACAAUUGUAAUAACUGGAUGAACAUUUGAGUAAUCGGGUUAAAACACUGUGUAAUGGUGGCAACUGAAUUUCAAAGUCAAAGUCAACUUCAUUGUCAAUUCCUCUGUGUGUGUGUGAUACAGACAGGGAGAUAUGAUUUUUCUCACCGUCCCAAAGAAUAUAAAUAUAUAAAAAGAAUACACAUAUAUGUAUAUAUACUAGGGCUGGGCAAGUUAACGCGUUAUUAUCAUGUUAAGGCAUUAAUUCAUUCAUUAACUCCGACAAUCGUUUUAUUGCACAUUAAAAACAUCUUUGAUUAAUAUUAUUAUUUUGAAAGUCCGUUGCUCACUGGCUCUGAAUACACAUACAGACAACCAUGGGUCACAGGAGGGGUGGGGUGUUGAUCACUAUUGAGCAUUUGGGGCGGGCCUAAGACUGCUGCAGUGCUAACAUUAACCGAAUCCCUGAUGGAUAUGCUCUCACUCUGCUCGGAUCAAAUUGAACCGGGACAUUUUUGGGGUUUUAACAGCAAUGAAGACAACAUAACCGAUUAAUGUUUGCAAAUAAUCUCUGCUAGAUCAAAUUGAACAAUCGAGGUGUAAAACAUUGUUUGUGAUAAAGUUAUAAUUUAUGUAAAACCAAUCCACAAUAAUAAAGACAUGGGUUGCAUA